AUGGAUGAGUUCCUCGCAACAGUUGGCGUCCAGGCCAUGAGAUAUGCCAUUCGCUCUGGCAUCGCCUUAACGUCAUCCUACGCCAUCGGUCAAUGUUCGCGACUGCUGAAGUCGGUCGAAGACAAAGCAGUUCAUGCCGAGCUCAAAUCCUUGCAAAAUCAGCUCGACAACAAGAUAAAGAUCAUCUCUCCCGCCAUCGACUUGAUCGAGUUCAAGUCUGGACGAGGAAACGUGUUUCUCGAGUCAGCUGCGCCCCUCGCGAAGUCGCUUCAUAAGGACAUCGUCUCGCUUGGGCGGCGCAUAGAGGCAGUCACUACUGUCAAUUCGAGCAGUAAUCGUGUCCAAACGAAGCCAUUGCGAGUCAGUCGUGAUGACUUGCUGGCCAUCGCUUCCGGGAUAAAGGCAUUGCUAGAGCGAAUAGACCGCGAGAUCCCGCUUAUGCAGUUGGCUAUCAGUGCAUCUGGAGAGAGCCUUUCGACAUCAUUACCUGCCAACAUAUCACCAUCGAGAUUACUGCAGGCCAGCACUCUACUUACUGUCGGCGAUACCCAGUUUGCACAAGAUCCAACAAGACCUGUCCAGAUUGGUCCAGCGUUUACUCUUUCUUUAUACAUGCUAUUCCUUGGACAUGCAUCCACACUGAUGCCACACGCCUCAUCGGGAGUUACAGACACCACAGUCUCUACCAACAACCACUCCUCGGAUUCGUCAAGCAUGGGUACAAGCUACGGUUUGGGAGAAGGGGAGCGAAAGCCGUUAUGGCAAGAGGUCCUACACAAGACACGUGUACGCAUCUGCAGGACUCGAAGAGAUACUUACUUCGACAGCCAGCGAGGUUACUGCACUGUACCGCUAGAAGAUUAUGCACUUCCUCUUCCCGAAGCAACUGGUGGCGGCGAAUACGCUUAUCAUCUCGAAAUUAUCGAAGAUCUGGACGAUGGCCGCGUGCAUGACGACGAGAAUGAUAGUCAGUCAUAUGGUGACAUCCCACAUGCAGGCAUUCGCGAAUCUAUACCGGUACAUCAGUUGUCGAAAAUCUUCUAUACAGAUACAGGAAGGAUUUUGAACAUAGGGUCAGCUACAGAUAGCGAGCAAAGACCGGUUUUGCUCCUAAAAAGGGACGUUCAAGUUGGGCCACCUAGGUCAGAGCAUGAUGAUAUCAACGGGUUCAUCGAGGAACUUGACAGAGAGGGUAACGAUGCGGCGUUGGAUUCAACCAGCAAGAAUGGUGACCAGGCAGACAUCGAUAAACAGCUGCUGGGAGAGUUCGUCCGUCCUGCAGCCGAGGGCCCAAAUAUCUCUAUUCCUCCCUCGAAGGACUAUUUCAAGUGGAAAUUUCCUGUACAUCUUGAUCCCGAGUGGAUGGCUCUCGAGGUGUAUGAGGAACAAGACGACGAAGAAGAUCCCGACGAAGAUGAUGAUGAUGACUCUUUAGAUUCGGCGAGGCUAGAUCACCCAAGAAUGGUAUCAAAGUCCAGUACUCCUCAUCGUGGCAGAAGAUCUCUGGAUUCAAGGGUGGUUGAUCAGAUCAAGAGACUGUCGCUGAGUAGCCCUGAGAAGAUGAGCUCUUUGCAAGCAGCCAUGUCAUCACCAACCGAAACAGAGGACUUCGUCGCCCGGUCACCGUUCGGAGCGAUUACAACAUCAUUAUCAUUGAUGGAGAUGCUGAUACGACUGGCUAGUCUCCAGGAGUUUCAGCAAACGUCUCAUCUGUCUAUCCCUGAUCACAUCCUGACAUUCUUCUUGGAAGAGACGUCGACUACGGGCUUGGUUGGUGAGACACAAUGGAGAGCCCGAAGCGAGGCAAAGCGUCGCAUGGGGUUUGACCCUUAUACCGAUGCCACGACAAGAUAG